CGCGCACCCGUUCCGGUGAGUGCCAAAUAUGGUUCAAUCUCGGGUUUCACCGACGGCCAAAUCGAGAGUAAACCGGCGCGACGCGGAGCAGAGGGCGUCGCGACGCCCAAAAAUAAUCUCAUCCUGCUCCUGGCCUAUUCAAAAUUAUCGGCCUUGUACGGCCAGUACGCGUCGGUUCCCUGGGUAAAAUCCCCUUAAACUGGAAAAAAUCAAAAAAAUUUACUGUGAUAUUAGGAUAAAUAAUUUUUAAUUGAAUUAUGAUUGAAAAAAUGCAUUCAGACGACAUUGAGGCGGCUCCAACUUGUCCGGAACUGGUUCAAUUAUCAGACAAAAUGACAUUUACAAAAGCCACUACGCUUAUUAGUCCAGAAAAUUUAUCCAGAUUAACGCCACAAUCACAAUCCUGCAACAGUCCGCCAAAAUUCAUCAACCUGGAAGACGACAUCGAAAAAGUCGAAAUAAACAGUAAUUCUUCAUCGUCGUCACUGGACACUGACUUAUUACAAGACAUUUCCGCGAUCCCGCAGGAAAACCCUACCGAAUCGGUAAAAAAUUGGCUAAAAAAAAUCACCGAAAUCCAAAAUGGGGCCAUCAAAAAGCCGCAACCGCCCCCAACGCCGUCCAGAGUGAUGAAAUACCAAGAUCUACCCUACAUGGGUGAAAUCACGCUGGACAACUCCAAGCCCCGCAGGGGCAGGAAACCGAAAAAGGCCGACAUUUGCCAUUUGAUUUACAAAAAUUACGGCACUAUUUUUCCCGGAACUCCAAACCCCAACAGCUAUUUGGAAAAAUCCAAGCAAAAACCCCAACCAAACAAAAACCAUCAAGUUCAAAAUAAAAUUAUCAGUAGUUUGCUUGAAAAAAGGCUGACGCAAAAGGACCAAAACGAACCGAUGAAUCUUUGCGUCAGAGAUUUGGAUCAUUUGAAAAUAAGAUUGCCAGAUGUUAAAUCGGAACCUCAGUCUGAUGACGAUGUCGAGAUUCUCACCCCUUUGCCAGCUUUAAAUGUUAAAGCUGAACUUAGAGCUACACCUGACAGUGUGUCCACUUCGGAUACUGAUGGACAAAAUUCACCUGGAGCUGGAAACUACGUCUAUUGGCCAAACACAGGACUGUUUAUUCAUCCUAUGGCCCUUCAACAGCAACUAAUGAUGUACCAAAGACUAGCGGGCAACAUGAAUUACACCCUUCCGAGUAGUCACAGUCCUAGACCGCCUCCAGCUUCUACGGCCAUCAGCGAACCACCAGAACCUCUAAGAAAAAUAGUACCGAAAACUGUUGUUCAUCAUCACGAGACCAAAGCGAAACGGAACGCUAGUGCUAGUGCCGGUACGAGUAGUGAUAAAACUCCCGCCAAAAGAAAAAGAUCGGCUAUUUUUAUUCCUCCCAUACCUGCCGAAGCUACGAAUCCCGCUACGGAAGUUAGCAUUUGCAAGUUUAAGUUUACCGGAGGCGCCAAGCCGAGCUUGCAGGAAAAGAAAAUGUUGUCAGUGGAUUCGGGAGGGAAUUUUCGAUAUUACAGCGGUACUGGUGACAAGAGCAUGCGCGGCUACGAAUUUUUCCCGAGAGAAACUCUCCAGCAACAAAUCGGCAACAACGCGCAAGGCUCCAGCACUGGAGCUUUUCUCCAAGCCAGCGGCGAAAAAAUCUACGCGUCUCCUCCCGUAGAAAUCGCUUCCUCGACCUCGGACUUUCUCCUCACUCCAGACCUACCCGCCGCAAUCCCCCAGGAGCAAAACGUCAGGAACAACAAAAAACGAAAAUCCAGGAAAUCGGUGCAACGAGAAAAACUGGAAAAAACGUUCAAGGAAAAGGGAUUUUUGAUACAAACGCAACAGCUGGAAUCGGCGGAGGGCGCCACUUAUUGUAAAUUCAGGCAGUUAAGGAAGUUCACGCGCUACUUGUUCCGAUCCUGGAAGGAUUAUUUGCCUGGAAAUGUGAGAGAGCUUAGCGAAAACGAACAGCUGGAGUUGCAACACGCCGAACAAUCAGCUUCAGCUGCCGGACUAGAAAUUCCAGAUGCCAUUGAAAAUUUGACAGGCGACAAUAAGUGAUUUUGUUUUUGUAAUUUCUAAAUUAUUAUUCGCCCCUAGAUCAAUCUAAAAUAAGUCUGAAAAUAUGAAUUUAAUAAAAAGCAUUUCAAGUAACAUUUUACUAAAACUUGUGUGUUUUUUUUUUAUUACGUUAUUGUAAAAAUGUAGAUAUUAAUAACAAGUAACCAAAGAUUUGCAAAAAUUAUUGUAUAAAAAAACAAUUAUAGGUAAUACGAUGCUAAUGAGAAUUUCGGCCCUGUGGGCUUGAUUUUGUAUAUUAUUAUUAUUAUUGUUAUUUUUUAGGUGAUUUUUUUGUCUAAUCUAGUCGAUUUUGUUGUAGAGCAAUUUUUAAUUAUUCUAUUUGUUAAUUCAAUAAAAAAAAAUAUUUGUUCUUAA